AUGAGUACACACAGGAUAGUGGAUGGGCUGUUCUACUUGACGAGCGGCUCCCUUGCAGCCUUUGGGAUCGGAGGCGCCGUCUUCCUUCUCGCGAACUUUGCCCGCAACAUGGGGCCGCGACCUCGAGCAGGCACGCCAGACUCGGAGACCGUGUUUUCCAGGCCGCAAACUAGUGGCUCCGCGGACUCUUAA